AUGCAUGUAGUUAGUUACGGCACUGGACCAUUUCUACUGACUGAGCGCUCGGCCAGUGAUCCACCUGCACUAGGAUGGCUCGGCGUACCUGCCACCGACGAUUACGUCUGGUACCCGAAUUCGGUCUAUCACAGCUUCAAGGAAUACGAAAAGGAGAACGGACCCCCGGCUCUGGACCCCGAGAAGCCGCACGCCGUAUGCCAUGUUGUGGACUCCACGCCUUUUGACGUCUACUCCCUCCGGACCAGCGAGGUCAAGACCAUCGUCCUCAUUGCUCUUUUCAACCACGCCAAGCCAGAGUAUAAUCAUCUAGACAGCUUCGGCGUCACUGCCAUCUCUUUUUGGGACCGCGAUGUCCGAGUCGUGCAGGGUCAACUUUCACACCCGGGACGUCGACAUUCGCGUAACAGAGGUGCAGCGGUUCGACAAUGGCUUUCGGGGCAGCGAUGGCUCCGUUGA